AUGCAAUUCCGAUCGCUUCUCCUCGUCGCCGCCGCUCUUGUCGCCGCUGCGUCGGCCAUGUUCGGUGAGUUGCAAUUGUGAGCAAUUCGAGAUAAACAGGGAAUUUGAGACCACGGACCAAAGUACGGCGGUUCUUCGCAUCCGUUCAAGCCGGUCUAUCUGCCGAAUCCGUAUGGAUCCAAGUACGAAUCGUACGGAAAGUACGACGAUCACAAAGGUACGAUUUUCAAUUUGCCCUCCAAAAAUUGUCGGGGGAAAAAUCUCAGAAUCGCACUACCAGCCGUCCUACUAUCACGAUUCGUACGAGCCGAAAUACGGAGGAAACGACGAGAAACACGGCGGCGCCGACUACUAUUCCUCCUACCAACCGUCGCAUCAACCCUACUACGGUAGCUCCUACUACAACGAGCAGCCAAAGUACAACGGUGAGUUUUCAAAGACAUUCUUGAGAACAUUUUAACAAUGUUUCAGAUUACCACAGCUCGCAGCACUACUACGACAAGUAUUGA